AUGGCUGCCAUGUCGCCGUCGAGCUCGCCGCGGCUGCCCAGCCCGCCGCCCAUCGCCGAGGACCAGCUGGGACCCAAGUCGCCCAUCGCGGAGGAGUACGCCGAGGAUGCGAAGGUCGACCAGGGCUCCGCGAGGAGGAUCCGCCCGGGAACCAAGGCCCAGGACAUGGCUGAGGGCCCGCCGUUGGCCGACCUCAAGGACAUCGACUCCGCCUUCCAGCUCAUGGAGUAUCUCAAAGCCCUGCACUACUCGGCCACCCACCCCUCUGACUCGAACACAUCGAGCCCUCUCGAUCGCACCGCCGCCAUGAAGCUUGCCGAGCCGCCGCCUGGCGUCGAGCGCGCCCUCUGGCUCUACGAGCUAUGCCGAUUCCUGACCGAGCAUGCCAACUCCAUCCUCAUCGCCCUCUUCGCCGACGAUCCCCCAUGCUCUGCCCAGACCUGUCCGGAGAUGCGCGCCUCCGAAUGGCAAUACCUCUGCGCCGUCCACGACCCGCCGAAGUCGUGCUGUGCCGUCGACUACUGCUGCCACACGCUUGACUGGGCCGCCAACACCUUGACCUCGCCCAAGAAUUUCCCCAGUCGCCUGGCCUUGGGCACCGAGGCCAACACCGCACACCAGCAAAUACGCCAGCUUACCAACGUCUUCCGCCGCGUCUACCGCAUCUUUGCUCACGCCUGGUUCCAACACAGAGAUAUGUUCUGGAAGGUGGAAAACAAGACGGGUCUGUACUCGUUCUUCAAGGUCGUGUGCGACACAUACAACUUGAUCCCCAGCGACAACUACACCAUCCCACCAGAGGCCGAGGGCAUCGAAUCUACGCCAACCGAGUCGGCCCAGACAGUGCCAAAGCUCCUGAAGAAGGACGACAAGGGUGAGGCCAAUGCCGGAGAGCUUGAUGUGGCUGGGAAUGCUACGCUGGUUACCGGCAACACUACCAAGAGGCACCGGCAUACACCGUCAGCAAGCGGGCAUCAGAUCAGCGUGAUCGAGGAGAAAGAGGAGGAGGACGCGUCUUCGGCAAAGGCCGCAGAGAAGGCUGCCCAGACCGCUGCUGAAGAGCUUCCCAAAGAGGUGGAUGCCUCUGACAAGCCCGCCGGUGCGGGCGACAGCUCGGAAGACGAGAGGACCAAGGGCUCCGACGACGCAAGUGAAGCUUCCAAAGAGGACGAGGCUCCGGUUGUUGAGGUCACUAAAGCCUCUCCAGAGAACGAGUCGGAUGACCCGCUCAAAGAAGUCGAAUCCGGCGAGACUAUGUUGGAGACGAAAAAUGAGGAGAAGCCAGAGGCCACAGAGGAAGGGAAAGAUGAGCUUGAAGCCACUGAAAAGGAGGAAACGAAGGAAGAAGAGAGCAAAAUGCCCGACGAGACGGGAGAGGAGCCCAGUGAAAAGAACAACGAGAAGGCGGACGGAGACGACGUGAAGCCUGAACCGGAGAAGAGUACGGAUGAGAGAACUGAGGCUGAGACGAUGAAACCUGGCGAGAGCUCAGCUACCGAUGCAGAAGAGGCUGCGAAGACAGUAGCCGAUUAA